AUGAGCGCCAUCCGUCGCAUGUCCCCGACGGACCUGUUGUCCAUGAACCUGACCAACCUCGACCCCCUGACCGAAAACUAUGACCUCGGAUUCUACCUCAAUUACCUCAUGCGCUGGCCGUCGCUCUUCAGCAGCGUCCAGGAUCGUCGCGACGGCAUCGUUGGCUACAUCAUGGGCAAACUAGAGGAGCAGCACCCCUCCAUGCGCCACUCGGAACACUACACCCCUUGGCACGGCCACAUCACCGUUCUGACCGUUGCACCUGCAGCGCGCCGCCUCGGCCACGCGCGACGUCUGACCGAGCGAUUGGAGCGCGGCUCCGAUAUCAACGAUGCCUGGUUCGUUGAUCUGUACGUGCGCUCGGGGAAUAAGGUCGCGGUGGAUAUGUAUAAGGGCAUGGGGUACUCCGUCUUCCGUCGCGUGGUCAAUUAUUACAGCGACGAUCCAACAGGCAUGUCAGAGUCAGGCGAGGACGCGUUCGAUAUGCGGAAACCUUGCAGUCGAGAUAAGAAGUUACAGCAUGUGCGCGAGAAUGGCGAGAAUUUCCCCGUCGGGCCUGAAGAUGUGCUAUGA